AUUAACAUAUGUGAGAGUGGGAUAUAAAGUUAGCACACGCUAUGCACGAGAAGGCAGUGUAACACAGUAACUGUUAGGUCGUGUUGAUUGAUCUGCGAUUUCUUAUCGAUAUGGAUACCACCAAGAAAUCUAACAACCCAAAUCCACGGGCGUCCGCAAAUCCGAUCAAUAAAUUGUUCUUCUGGUGGGUGGCAGGAAUAUUCUGGUAUGGAAAGGAUCAUGAUUUGGAGAUGAAAAAUAUGUACAAUGUUAUGCCAGCUGAUGAAAGCGAACUUUUGGGAGAUAAACUGGAAGAAGUGUUCGUUGGUCGGACGGCUUCAAACUCUGCCAGGAGCGCAAUUCGUAUGUAUGUAUGGGGGGGGGGGUAUGUAUUGAACCUUCCGUACACGUUUUUGAGUGUUAGGAAUUGGAAGAAUGAAGUGUACGCCGCUAAGAAGGACGGCAGAAAACCCAAAUUUUUUACAGCUUUGAAAAAUAUGUUUAUAUGGUCAUUUUUUUAUUACGGAGGAUGGAUUUUAAUAUUAUCUUGUAUUGUGAGAGUUGCGCAAAUAUAUAUUUUGGGUCUGCUUAUUUGGCACUUUGAUCCAAGAUCAAUAUCUACCCAGGAAAAAGCAUAUCUCUACGGAUCCGGUAUGAUUUUCCUAGGAAUAUUAUCUAUUAUGCUCAAUCAUCAUACGACUUUAGGUGUACAAGAGAUUGGAAUGCGAGUGAGAAUAGCGAGCUCCUCUUUAAUGUACAGGAAGAUAUUACGUUUAUCCAGCUCUACAAUCACUACUUCAGGACAAAUUAUUAAUCUUUUAUCGAACGACAUGUCAAAAUUUGAACAGUUGUUUGUAUCGUUACAUUAUAUUUGGAUCCUACCUAUACAAGGAUCUAUAAUUGCAUAUUUGAUAUGGCAAAACGUUGGAGUUGCUUCAUUAGCCGGCGUACUUCUCAUGAUAAUUCAGACUAUUCCUCUUCAAGGAUACUUAAGUAGAUGGAUCUCGAAGUUGCGUUCAAAAAUUGCAACAAGGACUGAUGAGAGAGUGCGCUUGAUGUCUGAAAUAAUCAGUGGCAUACAAGUCAUUAAAAUGUACACCUGGGAGAAACCGUUUGAGGAACUGGUUAAUCGCGCAAGAAAACACGAAAUCGACGUCCUCACGCUGAUAUCGUAUCUGAGAGGUUUUAUUUUAGCCACCUGUGUUUUCACGGAAAGGACAACGUUAUAUUUUACAAUUAUGGCCUAUGUACUUCACGGACACUCUGUAACCGCCGAUAAAGUAUUUACAAUGGCACAGUAUUUUAAUGUUCUUCAACUUACUAUGGCGAUAUUGUAUCCUAUGGCUGUAGCGGCAGCUGCCGAAGCAUCGGUUUCUGUAAAAAGGAUUGAGAAUUUCUUGUUAUUGAACGAGAACAGUCCAUUAACUCAAUCUUCAUCAAACAUCACAGAAAUAAGUGUUGAAAUGAAAAAUGUCAGUGCUUCAUGGACAACCAAUGCAAUUGUACAUACGUUACAUAAUAUCAACAUUCAAAUGAAAGACGAGAAAUUUUACGCCAUUGUCGGCCCCGUGGGUUCAGGAAAGAGUUCUUUUCUGCAAGCGAUUUUAGGCGAAUUAAAAUCAUCGCAAGGUCAAAUACAUGUAGAUGGCAAAAUAUCGUAUGCCAGUCAAGAACCCUGGCUAUUCGCAGACACAGUACGAAAUAAUAUUCUGUUUGGCCAACCCUUUGAUAAAGAUAAAUAUUGGAAUGUUGUAAACGUAUGUGCUCUUACAAAAGACUUUGAACAACUUCCAUAUGGCGAUAAAACUUUGGUCGGUGACAGAGGUACGGCACUCAGCGGUGGACAACGUGCGAGAAUUAAUUUGGCGAGAGCCGUUUACAGAGACGCUGAUAUUUAUUUAUUUGAUGAUCCUUUAUCAGCUGUUGAUACUCACGUUGGUAGACACUUAUUUAAUGAAUGCAUGAAUUAUUACUUGCGAAAAAAGAUGAGAAUUCUCGUAACUCAUCAACUACAAUAUUUGAAACAAUGCGAUUGCAUCGUUAUUUUUAACAAUGGUCAAAUUGAAGAUAAAGGUCCGUUCAUAGCCCUUCAAGAAAAACAAACAACCUUUUUGGAAAUAUUAAUGAAAAAUGAAGAAACUAAUGAAAAGACGGAGUCAUUACAAAUUAAUACGAAAUUUACGCCUGACAUAAUUCAAAAUAAUAAAGCUAACGAUGAAGACACGGAAGAAGCCGAGCCUCAAGAAACUGAAGAGCUUCUGGCCAAAGGAAAUUUAUCGAAAUCACUUUAUUGGAAAUAUUUUCGUAGCGGCGGUUCAAUCAUUAUGAUCAUCAGUGUUCUGUUUUGCACGAUUUUGGCACAAAUUGGCUCUAAUGGCUCUGACUACUGGGUUAAUUAUUGGACGAGGCAGGAAGAAAUGCGUAUCAAAGCUAUGGGCGAACAACAUCACAAUUCAGCAAACAACUUUACAACGCCCUUUUCUAUACCAAGAUCUAAUAGACAAAUAGAAAAUAUGUCGAAGAUUAAUGACGAGUUAGCCGAAUUUGUAAUGACUACCGACUAUUAUAAGGAAGAUGUAUCUAAUGAUACUAUAGUGUCACAAAAUUUUACUAUUAAUAAUACUACCGAAAUUACAGAUGAGAGUGUAUAUUAUCUCGACUCAAGUACAGCUUUAUGGAUUUAUGGAGGUUUUAUCACCAUCAGUGUAAUAGUAUCAACUAUGCGAAAUUUAAUCUUUCUUAAGAUAUGUAUGAAUGCUGGCAGAAAUUUACAUAAUUUUAUGUUUUCAUGCGUACUUAAAACGCCAAUGUCAUUCUUCGAUAACAACCCGUCCGGUCGAAUUUUAAAUCGUUUUUCGAAGGACGUUGGCGCGAUAGAUGAAAUAUUGCCCAGCACCAUGGUGAUGUCUAUUCAAAUAUUCGCGGUGAUGAUUGGAAUUUUAAUACAAAUACUAAUUAUCAACUGGUGGCUCAUAUUCGCUGUAAUCAUUAUGCUUUUCUUAUAUGGCGUAAUAAAAGGAAUUUAUCUUCCAAUAGCGCAAACUAUAAAACGAUUAGAAGGAGUUGCAAAAAGUCCCGUGUUCUCGCACGUAAACUCUACAAUAUCAGGUUUGACGACAAUACGUUCUACUGGCGCCCAGGAGAUGAUUCGCAAACAAUUCGACGAAAAUCAAAAUUUACACACUAGCACUUACUCAUUAAUUAUCGCAACUGGUACGAUGUUUGGUUUCAUGUUAGACAUAGUAUCCAUGGGAUUCAUCGCCAUCGUUACGUAUAGUUUCAUCGCGUUGGACGAUGGAAACACUUUCGCCGGAAAUGUCGGUUUGGCGCUCUCGCAAGUGCUCAUUUUGUGCAAUAUGGUACAGCACGGAAUACGUCAAGUUACCGAGACGAUGACACAGAUGACGAGCGUAGAGAGGAUAAUGCAAUUCACUGAUCUUGAGAAAGAAGGUCCAUUCGAGAGUAACCCCACGGACAAACCACCGAGUAGUUGGCCCUCCAAGGGUGAAAUUAAAUUCGAUCGUAUUUAUCUUCGAUACUCUGAAUCUGCGCCGCCUGUUCUCAAAUCUCUAAGUUUUAUCAUCGAACCCAGGAUGAAAGUCGGAAUCGUGGGUCGCACCGGAGCCGGGAAAUCGUCCAUAAUCUCUGCCUUAUUUCGUAUGACGAAACUUGAUGGCGCUAUCUACAUCGAUAAAGUUGACACGAAAAAAAUUGGUCUUCAUGAUCUAAGAAACAAAAUUUCCAUAAUACCACAGGAACCGGUAUUAUUCUCCGCCACGCUUCGCGAUAAUCUCGAUCCCUUUCACAAAUUCCACGACGCUAAUUUGUGGAGUGCUUUAGAAGACGUACAAUUGAAACACAUGGUGAACUCCUUGGAUCAUAACAUCGAGCAGGGUGGCAGUAACCUCAGCGUUGGACAACGACAGUUGAUUUGUCUGGCGCGUGCAAUUUUGCAGAAUAAUAAAAUACUCGUGCUCGAUGAAGCUACUGCUAACGUGGAUCCUACGACAGAUGCAUUCAUACAAACGACGAUUAGAAAGAAAUUCGAAGACUGCACGGUAUUGACAAUAGCACAUAGAUUGAACACGAUAAUGGAUAGCGAUAAAGUGCUGAUAAUGGAUCAAGGUCAAGUGUUGGAAUUCGAUCAUCCAUAUAUUUUGUUACAAAAUAAACAAGGUCAUUUCACUAGCAUGGUGCAAGAAACUGGAAAAGCGAUGGCCGAGCAACUUACACAAUGCGCUAAAGAGACUUAUGAACGACAACAUGGAUUGUCAUGAUUUUCUUUGGAAAUAGACUGUAACAACGUCUCUGUGUUAACAAAUGAAUAAAUUUACUUAUUCUUUUACUUAA